AUGAAAAAGAGCAAACUUCCCCAAACCCAUGACACGACACAUGACAAGAGAGAAGCAGAAGUGUCCGGACGUCUGGUGUCUCUCAUCGAGAUGUCUGCCUUGUAUGGGAGCAGCCCUGAAGUCACUAAAAGGAACACACAAGCCUCUGUAUCUCUCUGGAAUCCUGAAGGUGUCCAUGCCUUCGUCAUGGUCCUACCUGUGAAAAGCCUAAACGAUAAGGACAAGAAGGAGCUGGAGGUUCUCCAGGAAACCUUCAGCUCUCGAGUCAAGGACUUCACCAUUGUUCUUUUUGCUGUAGAGUCAGACCCCACAGAUCCAGAGGUGGUUAGCUUCAUGAAAGAAAACAUAACGAUCCAGGAGCUCUGUCAGAGCUGGGCAGGUCAGUACAUGGUCUUCAACGUCAAGGACAAACAACAGGUUUCUGCUUUACUCCGCCUUGUGGAGAAGAUGACGGCUGUGGGAUCUCAGUCUUUCAGAAGAGAAAUGAUGGUAAAACCUCGACCAAGUCCACCCAAAAACCCCUGGGUGACAACAACUGAUGGAAAAUCGAAGCUUGAACCUCUGAGGAUAGUAAUGGUUGGGAAGACGGGCUGCGGGAAGAGC